AUGGCGCCCGAAGAGCCACCACUCGACCCGCCGGCACCCGCUCUCCCCGACCUCGCAUCCUCAUCAGUCCAAGCCAACGACUUCGUCUCGGUGCCCGUCACGCCCGCGCCGACCCCUCCAGUUGGCACACCAGACGGUGCAGCGACUCCUGGCACUCCAGGAGCGACUGCGAAGCCCGCGCGACGGGUGCAGUGGAACGAGCAGGUCUCGGCGCACGUUUCCGUCCCUUUCUUCAGCGAAAGUGCGGCCGACGCACCGAGUCCGAGUCUCUCAGGGGAAGCUGGGGCAAAGAAGAGGAGGAAGAGCCUGUCGCUGGCCGAGAAGGGCGGCGUGGACGACAGGGCGGACCCGUUUCAUGACCGGUAUCGGCUCGACGAUGUGCCCGUUUCGCUUGUGGGAGGAGAGGCGGACGGCGCGAUAGAGGGCAUUGUUGACCCAGUCGUCAAGAAGCUCGAGGUGUGGGUUGACCCGCUCGAGCGGGACGGUCUGCCUUCGAUGCCCGCCGCCUCGGCCGGACUUGGGACAAACGAUGCCGCGGUGGAGAGCGAGGAGAAGGCGAAAGGACUCGUCGGGCAGUACACGACGGGCGCGAUGGGCUUGUGGGAAGGCUUGCGGCAGCGGAGGGCAUCAAUUAGUCGGAUGAGGCGGUUCGAGGAGGAUGUAUUGGACGGAAAAGCAGGGCCGACUAGUCCUCGCGACCUCGGCACAAGCGACGAAGAGUCGCGAGCCGGCUCGCCGACUGCCCCUUCGGCGCCUCAGGGCAACGCUGGAAUCCUUGCAGCGCUCAUUGCCCUGAGCCAGCAGGAAGCUGCGGUAGGCGGAGGAAGCGCUCCGGGCUCUGCCUCGUCUUCCGCCAUCCCAACUCCCCUCUCGUCCGUCCCGCCUUCUCCGACUCUUGCAGCAAAGCCAGGCACAGACUACGAUUCGUCCGACGACGAGUACGAGCGCGAGCGGUUCAUCGCGCGUCUUCGAGCCAAGCGCGCGAGCAAGAACGCCUUGCACGCAGCUUCGACGUCGGUCGCUUCAGCUUCGAAACAUGCGGCAGGUACUGCGAUACGUUUGGCGACGGGCGGGGCGUUCAAGCAUAACCGAGGUAGGCAGAGUGCUGGGACGUCCGGGCGGUCGACGCGGGCUCCGAGCGAAGACAGGUCCGUGUCGCGCUCGAGGGCGUCCUCACCGACUGCUUCAUCGCCCGCUUUCUCGCCUCUUCGCCGACCUUUGUCUGUCGGGUCGACUUCAGCGAUUAGCGCCAUCGACAUUCCUGCCCCCGCUUCGCCCACACUCGCUGCACACAAGCGCUCCCGCUCCGCCACUUCGCUCGUCCAGCUCGCCUCUUCCGACUCUCGUUUUUCUCAGUCCGACUCAACGAGACCGCCGCACCGCUCCCACUCAUCCAAUACCCUCUCCCGCCUGCUCUCCUCCACCUCCCUCUCCCGCCAUUCGCACACCUCUUCCCCUCCCCUUUCUCCAACUUCUCCAACAGUACCCGUGGGCGUCGCGAUCCCUCACCGAGCGAAACUCAGCUCGGAACUGUCGAAGCGCGUGAGGAAGGUGGGGGACAGGCUCGGGCUGGAGUUGGAGACGGAGCGGACGAGGCCGAAGGCCGCAAGAAGCGAAGCGGGCGUGUUUGGCGGGUUAGUGUUCGGAGCGACCUCGCUCGUCGCUCCUGCCACUCCGUCCGGCACGACCAUUGCCCCUAUCCCGACUCGACCUGGGUACCACCUCUCCCGCUACUCCGCACCGGACGUGAACCGUCAUACUCGCUCAGGCUCCGCCUCGCCUAGCCCAUCCUCCUCGGCGCGCGCACUCUCACCACCACCACCACCUCGUCCGCUCUCCCCUCCCGCUCGUCCAGCCUUGUCCGCUCCUCGAUCGCCCGAGUCGAGCCGAAAGAGCCUGAGCGAGAUGGUCCGCGAGGAGGAAGAGCGGGACAAGUCGGGUAACGCGGCGCAGAUGUUACAAGAGCGCCGGGGCCGGCGAAAGAAGGCAAUUUUCUCUCUGCACGUCGAGACGGAGGACGACAAGGACGGGAACGGCAGUGGAAGCGGCAACUCGUCGCCUCGACCGGUCUUGUCCAUCGACACUUCGGCACUCUCGCCUCCUCACGCUCUUCCGCCUCCGACUCGCAGCCCGAUCUCGCCUACUGCAUCAUCAGCAAUCUUCCGCUUCCUCGGCGCCGCCAAGUCGCCCAAGUCGCCUACUGGCUCGUUCUCGUCUCUGCACCAGGAAUACUUUUCCUCGGGCCACCUCUCGCCCGUCCUCACUCCUGCCGAGAAGGAGCGCGAGCGAGCCGAGCGCCGCGCGGAGGAAGAGGCGAAGGAGCGCGAACGGGAUCUGCGAGAGUGGCAGAAGGAGAAGCGGAGGAGGAAGAAGGCGAGGGAGAAGGAGUUGAAGGCGAGGAGGGUGUUCAUCACGGCGCAUGUGGCGGCCAUCAUUGAGCGGCAGGAGUUCAUCCUCAAGCUCGCGAGGGCGUUCAUGAUGUUCGGUGCACCUUCUCAUCGUCUCGAGGCGCAGCUCCAGGCGACCGCUCGAGUCCUCGAGCUCCCGCACUGCUCCUGCCUCUACCUCCCCGGCUGUCUCCUCGUCAACUUCGGCGACCCCGCGACCUUUACCUCCGACAUCCGCUUCCUCAAACAAGCGAGCGGCCUCGACAUCGGGAAGCUCAAAUCGACGUACUGGAUCUAUCACAAGGUGAUACGUGACAAGAUCAGCGUCGGGAAAGGCUCGACGGAGCUCGACGACCUCAUGACCUCGCCGCCCAAGUACGGCCUGCUCCACCACGUCGUCGUCGGAGGCCUCGCGGGCGCCUUCAUCAUGCCCAGCGCGUUCUACGGCUCUUUCAUCGACUGUCUCGUCGCGAUCCCGCUUGGGAGCCUGCUCGUCAUCGUCCAGGUCUUCCUCGCGAGGAACGACAUGUACUCGUCCUUGUUCGAGAUCGUCAUCGCCUGCAUCAAUGCGGUCAUCGCAGGCGCGUUGAGCUACACCGGCCACUUCUGCUUCUACUCCGUCGCAGCCGGUUCGAUCGUCCUCAUCCUCCCAGGCUUCAUCGUCCUCUGUGCCGCCCUCGAGCUUGCCAACCGCUCGAUCGUUUCAGGCGCUGUGCGGAUCACCUACGCCGCGCUGUACUCGCUCUUCCUCGGCUUCGGACUGAGUGUCGGGGCGGAGAUCUACACGAUGGGCGGGAGGGAGUCGAUUGCGGGUGGCGAUGAUUACACGUGCGCCUACCUUCGCGAGGGAGCGCCGUGGUACCGCCAGACGAUCCCUCAAUGGUUCUACUUCCUCACCGUCCCCGGCUUCCUCCUCUGCAUGGCGCUCAAAAACGGCCAGCCCCUCUUCCGCCGCGACACCCUCGCCAUGCUCCUUAUCGGUUGCGCGGGCUUCGCAACCAACUUCUUCUCCGCCCGCGCCUUCAGCAAUAUGCCCGCCUUGACUUCGAUGCUGGGCUCGUUCGUGGUCGGCGUGUCGGGGAAUGUGUGGAGUAAGGCGACGAGGGAGAGCGCGUUUGUGGUGAUGAUCGUCGGGAUCUUCAUCCAGCUUCCCUCGGGCCUGGCCAACGGCGGACUCCUCCGUUUCGCCUCGGACUCGGCAACCUCGCAAUCCAACUCGUUCUCGACCGCCGUCGACUCAGCCGCGGGCCUGAUCCGCGUUGCAGUCGGCAUGACAGUCGGGUUGUUCCUCGCGGCGGCACUAAUGAACGUCAUCUCGCGGCGAGGGAGGAGUCGCGGGUCGCAGCUGUCGACGUUUUGA